AUGCUUAGGUCUGGUGUUGAUAUCUUUGCUCUUGACUAUGAUGCUAUUAUUGCUGCCAUGUAUGCAUUGACUGUUAGUGCCGAGGGAGACUGUUACUUGUGUGUGCCGCCUGACCCAGGUAUAGAGCCCGCUGCCCUGGGUACUAGUGAGUCUGCUCUCUCAGGUACAGCACCCACAGAGACUGCUCUCUCAGGUACCGCACCGGCUGAGGCCUGUCACACCUUCACCCUUGACUCAGGUGCUUCCCGCUGUUUCUUUCGUGACCGUACUGAGCUCACACCGCUUCCUGCACCGGUCCCAGUCUCCUUGGCUGACCCCUCUGGGGGCCCAGUCCUUGCCCAGUCCACCACUGUGCUCCCUUGUCCGGCGGUUCCGUCUGGCUCGUUGUCGGGUUUCCACCUCCCCUCGUUCUCGACGAACCUGGUGAGCAACGCUGUCAUCCAGGAUCAGUGGGUUGACACCUUUACCCCUGGAGGACAGCGUGUGGCGAUCUGCACGUGCUCCAGGACCGGCCGUCACCUGGCUACGUUUACCCGUCGGCCGGGGUCGAGUCUCUACACACUGACCACUGCGUCUCCUCAGGUCGCUGCUGUCGGUCAGGUGUCCGCGUCAGGUCUGGUGGCCCACGCCUGUGAGUGUCGUUCCCUGUCGCACCAGACUCUUCUCUGGCACCACCGCCUGGGUCACCCCUCCUUGCCACGCCUCCGUGGCAUGCACCGUCGCCACCUUGUGUCUGGUCUUCCCAGGUCCCUCCCUCCCCUCCCUGCCUCGCCUGCGCCGCCUUGCCUUCCUUGCGUCGAGGGGCGGCAGCGCGCCGCUCCUCACUCCUCCUCGUUCCCCCCGACAGAGGCUCCUCUGCAGACCCUCCACCUGGACGUGUGGGGCCCAGCCCGCGUUCGUGGCCAGGGCGGUGAGCGGUACUUUUUGCUGGUUGUCGACGACUACUCGCGUUACACCACGGUCUUCCCCUUGCGCACCAAGGGUGAGGUCCCUGCUGUUCUGAUCCCUUGGAUCCGCACAGUUCGUCUCCAGCUCCGCCGCCGUUUCCGGACGGAUCUUCCUGUCCUGCGUCUGCACUCUGACAGAGGUGGUGAGUUUUCCUCCGAUCUCUUGAGGACCUUCUGUCAGGCGGAGGGCAUCGAGCAGACCUUCACGCUUCCGGACUCCCCACAGCAGAAUGGGGUUGCUGAGCGCCGCAUUGGCCUGGUCAUGGAGGUCGCUCGUACCUCCUUGGUCCACGCGGCGGCUCCCCAUUUUCUGUGGCCGUUUGCUGUCCGGUACGCCGCGCAUCAGCUCAACCUCUGGCCCCGUGUCUCCUUGCCGGAGACCUCGCCCACACUGCGUUGGACGGGGGAGGUUGGCGAUGCGUCGCGCUUCCGGGUGUGGGGUGCUCGUGCCCUUGUCCGCGAUACGUCCGCGGACAAGCUCUCCUCCCGCACACUUCCCUGUGUCUUCCUUGGCUUUGUCCCUGACGCGCCUGGCUGGCAGUUUUACCACCCCACCUCGCGCCGGGUCUUCGCCUCUCAGGACGUCACCUUUGACGAGUCGGUCCCUUUUUACCGUCUCUUCCCCUACCGCACUGCCCCCCUCCCUCCCCCGCCGCUGUUCCUUGCUCCUGGUCCCCCUCCGGUAGACCCCCUUCCCCCUCAGGGUCCUGCUCCUUCAGGUGUCUCUCAGGUAGACCCUCCUCCCGUCGCUGAGCCUGUCGAGGUCACAGGUGACUCAGGUGCUGCUGCAGGUGGUGCUGCUGGGAGUGCUGAGUCUGGGGGUGCUGAGCCUGCGGGUGCUGGGCCUGGGAGUGCUGGGACUGCGGGUGCUGGGGCUGAGGGUACUGUGCCUGAGAGUUCGGCGCCUGGGGGUGCUGUGCCUGGGGGUGCUGCGACUGGGAGUGCUGAGCCUGCGUGUGCGGAGUCUGGGGGUACUGCGCCUGCGGGUACUGGGCCUGGGGGUAUGCUGAGCCUACGGAGCCUCGGGUUGCUGCGUCUGGGGGUGCUCCGGUUCGGGGUACUGAGCAGUCUCUCACACCGCAGCAGCUUCGUGACUGGUACCGGUGCUGCGGACCCUGGGGGUGGAGCUGCUGCUGGUGCUGAGGACCCGAGCGGUGGCGCUGCUGCUAGUGCUGAGGACUCGGACGUUGGAGCUGCUGCUGGAGCUGAGGACCCGAGCGGUGGCGCUGCUGCUGGUGCUGAGGACCCGGACGUUGGAGCUCCUGCUGGUACUGAGGACCCGGCCGCUGGAGUCUCUUCUGCUUCUGGAGACGCUGCGCGGCCGCGACCGUACUUCGUACCGCUCCUUCAGCAGGUUCUUGGGCAGGCUCCUCCUCCUUGUCCUCCUCCCUCCGUAGAGUGUCCCCCGCCUGUCCAGCCGCAGUCACAGUUACCGCCUGCCUCGCCUCUCCCUGCUCCCUCUCCUUACACUGGUCCCACAGGAGGUCUUACAGAGCGUCGUGAGCCUGAGUCUCGUCCUGCGUCGCCUGUUCGUCCUGCUCGCACUGCUCGUCGUGUCCGUCGUGAGCGUCCUCCUCCUGUCCCAGGCACUCACUACAUGACUCUGCGUCCCUCCACUGCUCCUCAGCGUGUCCCUCUACCGUCUCCUCCUGCGUCCUCUUUGCCUGACGUUCCGGACCCUGAGUCUGACCGGUAUCGUGCUGAGCACCCUACUGUCACGCGUCUCCUCGCUACUGUUGUCACUGACCCUACCUUUGAGUCCUCGGCUGCGUCUGCUCUGGUCGCUGAGUUGGUUGACUUUGCUGCUGCCUGUCGUCUAGACUACGCUGCUAGCCUUGUUGCUGAGUCUGAGUCUGCGUCUGUCUGUCCUCCGUCCGUCGGGGGUGAGUGUGCUCUUGGCACGGACGUCCUUGAGGACAGGCAGGAGGACUUUGACUCUCUCGCGGCUGCUGUACCUCAUCUCGUGGCCUGGUUGCUUGCCCCUGAGGGAGACCCGGAUGCACUAGACAUCCCCACUCCGCGCACUUACGCAGAGGCGAUCUCGGGUCCCUACUCCUCUCAGUGGCAGACAGCCAUGGACGCAGAGAUGGCAUCCUGGAAGUCCACAGGCACCUACGUCGACGAGGUUCCCCCUCCUGGGGCGAACAUCGUCGAUGGCAUGUGGAUUUUCAGGGUGAAGCGGCCACCAGGUUCUCCGCCUGUCUUCAAGGCUCGUUACGUUGCUAGAGGCUUCAGUCAGCGUCAGGGGGUCGACUUCUUCCAGACCUUCUCCCCCACCCCGAAGAUGACCACUCUUCGGGUUCUGCUGCACGUUGCUGCUCAGCGUGACUACGAGCUUCACUCUCUUGACUUCAGCACAGCGUUCCUGCAGGGCAGCCUGCACGAGGAGAUCUGGCUGCGCCGCCCACCUGGCUUUACUGGGUCGUUUCCUCCUGGUACCCAGUGGAGCCUCCGCCGGCCAGUCUACGGUCUCCGCCAGGCGCCACGUGAGUGGCACGACACACUGAGGACGACACUUGCGGCUCUUGGGUUCGCGCCGUCUUCUGCUGACCCGUCGCUGUUUCUGCGCACAGACACGUCGCUGCCGCCGUUCUACAUUCUCGUGUACGUCGACGACUUGGUCUUUGCUACUGCUGACACUGAGGCACUCGCUCGUGUGAAGUCGGAGCUGCAGAAGAGACACACCUGCACUGACCUGGGUGAACUGCGUAGCUACCUUGGCUUGCAGAUCACCCGGGACAGAGCUCGCCGCACCAUCACCCUGACUCAGUCACACAUGGUGCAGCAGGUCCUUCAGCGCUUCGGCUUCCAGUUCUCCUCACCACAGGCCACACCUCUGGCUACCAGCCACUCGCUCUCAGCUCCACCUUCGGACGAGUCCGUAGAGCCGAGUGGCCCAUACCCAGAGCUUGUAGGCUGCACGCGACCUGACCUCGCGUACCCUCUUAGCAUCCUUGCUCGUUACGUUGCGCCUGGGAGACACAGGCGAGAGCACUGGGAGGCUGCUAAGAGGGUGCUGCGUUACUUGUGCAGUACAUCAGGCAUGGGGCUGGUGCUUGGAGGACGCGACAGAGUUGUUCUCACUGGUCACUCGGACGCUUCUUGGGUGGAUGACCUGGCUACGCAGCGGUCGUCACAGGGUUACACCUUCAGCCUUGGCUCUGGUUCUGUCUCGUGGCGGUCCACCCGCCAUUCCUCUGUUCUCGGCUCUAGUUGUGAGGCUGAGAUCUACGCCACGGCCAUGGCUGCACAGGAGUUACGCUGGCUCACCUACCUGCUGACUGACUUGGGAGAGCGGCCUAGUUCUCCUCCACAUCUGUACGGUGACAACAAGGCGGCUCUUGCCUUGUGUCAGGAGCACAGACUGGAGCACAGGACGAAGCACAUUGCUCUUCGCUACUUUCUUGCUCGAGAGCUUCAGCAGCGCGGUCAGCUUCGGCUUGUGUACGUGGACUCGAAGGCCAACACUGCUGAUAUCUUCACCAAGGCGCUCCCGCCUAGUGAUCAUCAGCGGCACUGUACUUCUUUAGGCCUUGUGUCCACGUUUCCUCACUUGCUCACUGCUUGA